AUGUGCGCACAUGCCUGGCUGGAUUGUGACCUUGGAUGCUGCAAUCGUCAAUUAGAUAACCUAAAAUCGCCCUCUUCAUUCUCAUAACCGAGUAAAAAGCGCUACGAAUUCCAGCGGUCAUCGGUUUCCAAGCGUGACAUAUCGGCAUUAUAUAAUUGGAGAUACGAGAGCAUUCCUUCUGGUUACAGAUUUCGGAUAAUUCAGUACGUUGUCUAAUUUCACCAUGGCAGGUACCGCAGGCAAGGUAAUCAAGUGCAAAGCAGCCGUAGCAUGGAAAGAAAAAGAGCCACUUUCGCUGGAAGAAAUUGAAGUGGCACCCCCAAAGGCACAUGAAGUACGUAUUAAGAUUGUAGCAACUGCCCUUUGCCACACCGAUGCCUAUACCUUGGGUGGACAAGAUCCGGAAGGUAUAUUCCCUUGUGUACUUGGCCACGAGGGUUCAGGAAUUGUUGAAAGUGUGGGACCAGGCGUGACAGAAUUCCAGCCUGGUGAUCAUGUCAUCCCACUGUACAUACCUCAGUGUGGUGAAUGCAAAUUCUGCAAGUCACCAAAAACAAAUUUGUGUGGAAAAAUUCGUACCACUCAGGGCAAAGGUGUGAUGCCUGAUGGCACAUCUCGCUUCACUUGCAAGGGAAAGACGCUAGCUCAUUUCAUGGGCUGUUCCACGUUCGCAGAAUAUACGGUCGUUGCGGAUAUUUCACUUUCCAAGGUUGACCCUAAAGCUCCUCUCGACAAAGUUUGUCUUCUGGGCUGUGGAGUGCCGACAGGAUACGGGGCUGCUCUUAAUACUGCAAAGGUUGAGCCGAAUAGUACUUGCGCUAUUUGGGGGUUGGGUGCAGUGGGUUUGGCUGUUGCUCUUGGGUGCAAAGCUGCCGGGGCUUCCCGUAUCAUCGGGAUUGACAUCAAUAAGGAAAAAUUCGAACAAGCUAAACUAUUUGGUUGCACCGAGUUUGUCAAUCCAAAGGACUAUGAUAAACCAAUUCAAGAAGUUCUUGUCGAGCUUACCGAUGGUGGUCUUGAUUACACAUUUGAAUGUGUAGGAAAUGUACAUACUAUGAGAGCUGCUUUGGAAUCAUGCCAUAAGGGUUGGGGCACGUCUGUCAUUGUCGGAGUAGCUGGGGCUGGGCAAGAGAUUAGUACUCGUCCAUUCCAGCUGGUAACUGGACGCGUUUGGAAAGGAACUGCAUUUGGCGGUUGGAAAUCGCGAGACAGUGUGCCCAAACUGGUCAGCGAUUAUCAAUCAAAGAAGCUGCUUCUGGAUGAAUUUGUCACACAAGAUCUUCCGUUCGAUCAGAUCAACGAAGCCUUUGAACUUCUUCACUCAGGAAAAAGCUUGAGAGCUGUUCUGCAUCUCUAGAAUACAGUUUCAUCUCUGCAACUCCAAGGACAUUACUACACUACACAAUUUUGUACAUAUCCAUGAGAUACAAUAUUUGAAUUAUAUUACACAAAUAAAUAAAUAUUUUGUGGGUGCAUUUCUAUUGUAAAAAUGAA